CGAUAAAAUGACGUUUAUUUGUUUAUUUUGCUCGUUUUCGUAUACGAAUGGAAUUUGUGAUUGAUGUUUUUCGUACAUUCCCUGCAAAAUGUUGCCGGGCAUAGGAAUGUUCGGUACCAGUGAAAUAACCAAGGUGCUGGUACCGAUCCUCAGGGACAAGGGUUUCAACAUUGCUGCCAUCUGGGGUCGAACUUUGCGGGAAGCCGAAGAAAUUGCCCUGGAGCUGCAGAUACCGUUUUUCACCAGCAAGAUCGACGAUGUUCUUCUACGAAAGGACGUGGAUUUGGUGUUUAUAACCUGUCCGCCACAUCUGCACUCCCAGAUCUCGGUCAAGGCUCUGGGUAUCGGGAAACAUGUGGUCUGCGAUAAGCCGAUGAGUCUACUUCAAGCGGAUGCCCUCAAGAUGGUGCGUGCUAGCCAGUAUUACCCAUCGUUGAUCUCAAUCGUCAACCAUUCACUGCGAUUCUUGCCAGCAAUUGGGCACAUGAAGAAAGCCAUCCAGGAGGGCUAUCUAGGCCCACCGGAAAAGUUAGCGCUCAUAGAUGUUAAGGUUCGAAUGAGCUCAUUGCUGCACAACAAGUUUGACUGGCUUUGUGACGAAACGAUGGGUGGUGGUGUGUUGAAUCUGGUCGGAAGUCAUGUGGUCGAUUUGGUCAAGUUUCUAACGGAAAGGAAAGCUAUCAAAGUUCAUGGCACUGUAAGAACUUAUGUGAAACAUACCGGUCAGAUAAACGGAAUACGGCUGAUCACGGCGCCAGAUUUCUGCACUUUCCAGAUGGAACUGGACGGAGGCACUCUGGCCACGGUUAACAUAAACUGUCACAUUUCGAACAAUGCAUUCCAGCAAGAGGUUGCUGUUUAUGGCAGUGAAGGGCACCUAACAGUUCGAGGAGGGGACUUGGUGGGUCAUCGGGUAACCGGUGAUCCUGUGGGAAAUAUCAAAGAAGAAAUGCUUUAUGUGGACGUUCAGGAUUUGCAGUUCUGUACCUCCGAAACAACCUUGCCAAGACCUUACGUGAAGGGUCUCUGUAAAAUGGUCGGUGCUCUGAGAGAUGCAUUCCAACCGACUAAAGAAAGCGCUGGUUGGAUCAAGGAACCAGUUCGAUCGGCUGCUACAUUCGAGGAUGGACUAUACGUUCAAACGGUGUUGGAUGCAAUCCGCAAGUCCAGCGAGGAACGGUGCUGGUGCAAGGUAAAUGUGUGUACCGAGUCUCCGACGAACCAAAAGUUUCUGACUGCCGCUCGAUUGACCUCCGCUACGGCUAUCCACUAAUAAUAUUUUUGCUUUUUGCUAUCGGUGCCUAUCUUGCGAGUUUUCUACUCAGUAUUAUUAUUGUUGUCAUGCCUUUCUCAUACUUUCUGAAACUGGAGAUGAUUCUGCGGUUCCGAAAGACGACUCGAUGCAUUUUGUUAUAUGUUGUGCUAAUUUAUUAUUUAUAUGCCUUAACCAUAUUUUUUACAUUCAAUCACGUGACUGCAAAUAUUUUGACUUUGAUAUGUACUAAAUAAACCUUCCUAAUGCUCAAAA